CUGGUUGACAUUUCAUACAGUCUUUUCACAGCUGCUGCAGUGAAUAACACAUCAGAUCAGACAGAGAACCAUCGACUUCAUCCCAUCAUCUGAUCACCAACUCCACAUCAUGAAGCUGCUUCUGACUCUGACCCUCCUCUGGACCAUCUACAGCAGCGCUGGAGCACUUCAGUGUUCCACGUGCUCUGGUUCAUGUACUAACCCAGUCCUUCUCAACUGUACUAAUGGAGAGCAGAUGUGUGGAACGGCGUCUGUAUCAGCAAAUAUAAGUUCCUCAGCUGUUGUCAGCCAGUACGUCAUCAGGGGAUGUGCCGUUCAUGACCUGUGUCCGUCAGCAGGACCUCAAAGAACUUCACUUCAUGUUGGUGUUGCAUCUGUGCGCAUAUCAGCUGAGUGCUGUAACUCAGAUAACUGCAACAACAAGACUCUGGCUGUCCCCAUCGCUCCUGCAAAUGUGACAAACAGUCUUAAGUGUUUCACUUGUGAUCCAAUAACAUCUCAGUGCAACAUUACAACACAAUGUGAAGGAGUGGAGGACCGCUGUUUCAAUACCACAGUGUCGCUUCCAAGUGUUGGAGUCAACAGGAAUAUCUCUGGCUGUGCCUCUUCAAACUUGUGCACAACAUCUGCUGCAAUGAGUUUCCUGCAACUUCUGACAAGUGGGAACAUCACCAGUGGACCCAGCUGCUGCACAGGCAAUUUGUGUAAUUCUGCAACAACUUCCAGUCACUCCUGUUUCACACUGAGCCUGAUGCAUCUCCUGGUUGGACUCUUAAUUUUUUCCAUUUUCUAGGAUUUUUAUCUUUCAUGAAUCUCAAUCUUUUUCCAUCUGUGUUUGGGCAAAUUGUUUUGGUGUUUUAAACACACGUGCAAAUUUGUGUUGUAUUGAGCUUAAUUAAUCGAUCAUUACACAUUCAUGACCAUCCUGUGAUUUAUAUGAUUGAAUCUACAAAGCAAGGUCUUUCAGAAGCUCACAGAAGAUGUUGAACCAAAUUAGCAUCAUCUCUACCUCAGAGCUAAUGUGCUUCUGGAAAUGUGGUCUAUAAUUGCACAGAAAUAUCAUAUAUACUCAUGGGUGUGGAACUUUGUCACAUAAUCACGUAUCAGUCCUGACUGGAUCAUUUUAAGUACUUUAAAUGUGGCUAAAUGUCUUGGGGAUGACUGGGUAUUAAAUAAACAAAUGUUUGGGAUUUAAUGAGGACAAUCUUAUCAAUUAAUUGUUUUUUCUCUAAUCUUGUCUUCUAUGUUUCAAUUGAAAUGAAAUGGAAAUUAGCUCAGUUAGUGUUUUAAUUUGCAUUUUAUUGGUUCUUUUCUUCAUUUUAUUCUAUUUUAAUUUGUCUUAUGUGUUUCAUCUACAGCACUUUGUGUCAGCUCUGUCUGCCUUAAGGUGCUUUAUUAAUAAAGUUGGUAUGUUAUGGUA